UACAAAUGGAUGAUGCAACAGCAUUGGUAUCGAUUUGAUUUUUCUCUUGCUACCAAGCUAGCUGAUUACAUGUGUAAGGAGCGAAAAUUCUCAAAAUGUUGUGAUAUAUUCGAUGAUAUAAUCAACCAGGGAUGCGUGCCUUGUGAAUCUACAUUCCAUUUAUUAAUUGUUGCCUAUCUUAGUUCAUCCAUUCAAGGAUGCUUGGAGGAAGCAUGUAGCAUUUACAAUCGUAUGAUUCGGUUGGUAACUUACCAGCCUAGACUUAGCUUGCAUAAUUCCCUAUUCAGAGCUCUUGUAAGCCAACCAGGAGCCUCUUCAAAGCAUUAUCUAAAACAGGCUGAGUUUAUUUUUCACAAUGUGGUAAGUGGACUGGAGAUACAUAAGGAUAUCUAUGAUGAUCUUAUUUGGCUACAUAGCUAUCAGGACACCAUAGAUAGAAAAAAAAAAAGUAUUGCAUUGUUAAGGAAGGAAAUGCAAGAUGCAGGAAUUGUGGAGGGUAGAGAAGUGCUUGUGUCCAUUUUGAAAGCCUGCUCAAAGGAGGGGGAUGUGGAGGAAGCAGAAAAGGCAUGGCUCAAACUGCUCCAUUCUGAAGAUAGUAUCCCGCCUCAGGCUUUUGUGUAUAAAAUGGAAGCUUUUUCAAAUAUUGGAGAACUUAUGAAAUCUUUGGAGAUAUUCAGAAAGAUGCAGGAACAAUUGGCUUCCACCAAUGUAGCAGCGCAUCAUAAAAUCAUAGAGAUUUUAUGUAAAGCUCAAGAAGUUGAACUUGCAGAGUUCCUCAUGAUAGAAUUCAUAAAAAGUAAUUUGAAACCGCUAAUGCCAUCUUAUAUUGAUAUGAUGAGUAUGUACUUCAACUUCAGCCUUCACGAUAAGUUGGAGUUAGCCUUCUCUCAGUGCCUUGAGAAAUGUCGACCCAACUGUACCUUUUACAGUAUCUACUUGGAUUCUUUGGUGAAAGUUGGAAAUCUAGACAAAGCUGAGAAGAUCUUCAAUCAAAUGCUUAGUGAAGGGGCAAUCAGUGUUAACACUCGAACAUGCAACACCAUUUUAAGGGGAUACCUGUUUUCAGAUUAUGUGAAGGCAGAGAAAAUAUAUGAUCUAAUGUGCCACAAGAAAUAUGAUAUUGAUUCCUCAUUGAUGGAAAAGCUUGAUUAUGUCCUGAGUUUGAGUAGGAAAGAGAUUAAGAAACCAGUCAGCUUGAAUUAG